UGGGCCUCAGUCACCUCCUCCUCCUCCUCCUCCUCCUCCUCCUCCUCCUCUUCGUCGUCGUCCUCGGCAGUGAACCGGGCCCUGCUGCAGCUCACACAGCGCCUCCUGCAGGCUCGGGCGGAGCAGCAGGAGGACGAGGAGGAGAAGGGGAAGAGGUCCGACGAGCCUCCCAUCUCUCUGGAUCUGACCUUUCACCUCCUCAGGGAGGUGCUGGAGAUGGCGCGGGCGGAGCAGAUCGCCCAGCAGGCCGACAGCAACCGCAGGAUGAUGGACGCCUUCGGGAAAUAAAUACUGCACUUCCUGUUCCUGUCCACUUCCUGUCCUGCAGUCGCUCUUGUGAACAGACCCCUCCCACUUACAUACUGACUCCUCCCACUUACAGGCUGAAGAAGGACUCAUUGAUUGCCACAGAUAUAUGAUUCAGUGAUCAAUGGAUGCAGUUAUUGAUCCUCCCGACCAGCAGGGGGCAGCACAGUUCCUACCUGUGUUAUCAUGUGAACAUUAACGAGCUGCAGUCGUUAAUCAAUCACUCUAUCAUAACAUUAUUAUUGUUGUUGUUGUUGUUGUUGUUAAAGUUACAAGUGUCACAUUUAAUCUAUUACUCUUACAGUAAGGGGAGCUCUGAUUGGUCAGAGGCUGUUUGUGUUGCCACCUUUUUAACAUUUGAUAUUUCCAAUAAGAAAGUGCUGCCUGCUGACUGACUCCGCCCAGCAGCCGGGCCACCGUACUUGAUCUGACCUCUGCAAGGGGGCGGGGCUGCAUCCUGAUAUCAAUGUAGGAUCAAUAUUAAAGACACUGGUAUUACUAAUCAUUAUGAACUCAUUAUUAAAGGCAC